UCUUACUCCUUUAUAGCAGCCCGUAUGAAAAACUUCGAAUACCCUGUGGACUGCGCAGCAAGCAUACAAUAGGCAGUAACUAAAGAGCUGAGGCGCUCCAUCGGCAUGGCGCCUAGAAUACGUCCAUUCGUGUGGCUUAUCUUACUGAGUUUCUUACUCCUCAAUGUCGAGUCGAAGCGACCCCCACGCCCGCCGCCACCGUCGCCAAAGCCACCCAAGCCGCCCCCGAAGCGUCUCCGGUCUCCUCCUCCGCAACCAGUAGAAUACGUGCAAGUCACUGUGACGGUAGCAGGCCAGCUUCUAGUCUCCACAGCUCACUCGGAACCCGCGCAAAACAUGACAGUCGAAGACAUAGAGCUCACUCUGAACCCCAACUCCGACAUCUUCCACCACCUGUACGACACGGCUAGCGACUCGUCAACGGUCGCCUUGCGUGUGGAACUCAACACCACCCGAAGGGUCAUGACGGGCGACAACCUGGAAACCCCCAUCCACUUCAACAUUACCUCAGACCUGGCGCGCAAGUUAGACCUGGUUCCUGACGCCACCGGCGCUCCCACAAACGGCACCCUGGCGUCCCGCCACCGUCGCCGCCUCAGCGACACCCCUAAUAACCCUGGCCGCCGCCGCGCCCUCACGGAGGAGCAGUCUCGCGCCCGCCGCAUGAUCCUGGACUUCCACGGCACGCGGCGCAGCGUUGCGGAGGUCGAGCAGCUGAGUUCGCUGCUGAGCCGGCUGGGCAGCAGCGGCUCUACGCUGGUGCCCCGGGCUACGGAUGUGGUGGUGAAGAACAACGUGGGCACCAAGGAUCUGUUCAUCAUCAACGGCCAGCCGCAGAACAUCACCUCCAUGACCUUCCUGUUCAAGAGCACCAAGUGCAACAUCAGCACCGGAUUCAAGCUGGACACGCUGAAGCAAUACUGGUACGACCAAGGCGAUAACGCGCCCAUUGUUGCAACCCUGCAGCGAUAUUACAGCGUUUGCUCGUACGAGCAACUCCAGUUUCCUCCGGAUCUCAAUCAGGUGUUUGAGGUCGACAUAGAUUGCGUGGGCAACGGCACACGCGGUCCCUACAACCUCCGAAACGGUUACGGCAACGGUGCCGACAAUGAAAACGAGCUGUCGGUGCUCCCAGAGUUGGCCAAAGCUUACCUGAAAAAGAACGACAUGGCCGCCUACAACCUGUCCGCCCACAUGCGGCGCUUCGUCUCCAUCUGGCCCUUCAAUGCGGUGGACACGGUGGUCAACUGGGACGGAUAUGCUGACAUCGGCUGCCCUGGGCCGCCGUACGUUUGCCGUACGUUCCUCAACCACGACGUGAAGCGCCGGCAACCCAGCCUUGUGACCGUCUUCCAGGAGUUGGGACACAACAUCGGGCUUUGGCACUCCGCGAGCAUUAAGUGCGCUGGCGACGUCUGUCAGGAGGACGACAGGGGCGAUUUCUCGGACCCCAUGGGCAAAGCGCGCUUUUUGGAUCUCAACAAAACCCUGGUGUGUUUGUCGGCACCACAGGCGUACAAGACGGGUUGGGCUUCUCCAGUGAAGUACGGCAAUUUUGACAUCAACACCCUAGAGGAGGGGAAAAUGUACGACGUCACGCUGCCGGCAAUGGCGCUGAGCAAAAACAACAUGCUGCGCAUUUGGAUAGACCAAACCGGUUUGAUGGUCAAUACAACACCGAAACCCCAGCGAGCCGUGUUCAUCUCGUAUCGGGUACGGCAGCCCGGCGUCGGAACGUACGAUUCAGGCAUACCUGAUGAGCUGGACAAGAUAAUCUGGAUCCAUCAAUACGACGAGACCGCCAACGCCAUGUCCGCCACCAUGAACCCCAUCUCCCUGGCUCUCCUGACCGACCAACCGGGCUACACCAUCGAGGGCAUUGGCAGCCUGCCCACCUUCUUCUCGAUGGACAACGCAACCGGCCCGGGUCUGGGAGGCCUGCUGGUGGUGGUGAAGAGCAAGACCGAUCUGGCCGCAGUCGUCACGCUGUGUCGGUUUAGCGUUAAGAAAGAAGAUAACUGCGAAGACAGCAUUGACAACGACUGCGACGGACUUCUUGACAAGGACGAUCCCGAUUGCGGAGGGCCCAUCCCGGAGCCCAACUCUCCGCCCCCACCACCUCCCAAGUACUUCAGGCCUCGGUCGCCGCCGCCGUCGCCGCCGCCGCCGGGGACGUCCUUUUCGCCGCCGCCGCCGCCGCCGGGCAAGAAGAAGCAGCCGCCGCCACCGCCGCUGCAAUCGCCUUUGUUCCCGGUGGUAUUCGUUUCGUCGUCGCCGCCGCCGCCGUCGCCGUCGCCGCCUCUGUUGCCGCCACCGCCGCCGCCACCAUCCCCACCGCCGCCGUCACCGCCGCCGCCGUCGCCAGCUCCGCCGCCAAAGAAGAAGAAGCCGCCGCCGCCCCCUAGCUAGGGAUAAUCACGUUCCUAAGCGCGCGUCCAGAGUGGCCAAGGCACGCGAUUGAAGCGGUCAUCGCAGAGAAGCGGGGCACUCCGCACGGGACCAUCCGUGAGGUAUCGCGUGGGUAUUGCUUAGGGCUGGAAAGGGAGCUGAGAAGGAGGCUCCUGCGCCCUUGACCUGCCUUUGGAGCACGUUUGGAGUACUGCCUGGCUCUCCGGAAGGAGACGGGUAGGAGGGGGGAGAAGAGAGAGGGCCUUUCUGGAAAGACAGGUUGGGUUGGUUUCCCGUCGCAAGGCGGGUUGUAGCGCCCGUAGCCCAGCAUGUGGUUGCGUGCGUUGCUUAGCUGCGUGACUUGCAAUGGUAAGGACAAUUUUGCUGGUUACUUCGCGGCAACACCGCGCUCAACAGUUAUGUAGAAUUCAUGCGCUGGAGUGGUGCACACUGCUCUAGGAUGGUGUGGCGGGACGUUCGGGGAAGACUGCUGGUAAGGAAAAGGAAAAUGGGAGAAUCAACAAUGGGUACCGGCAUUUAUUGCGCUUGCUUGCAUAUAGAUUACGUAAAUAUUUGUGCUCGAUGGUGUGUUUGGGUUUGCUUGGUAUUCUGUUAGGAUGUGUGUUGGGGGUUGGGUUGGGAUUUAGUGAGAAUUGAGGUGUGCGCCUUGUCAACAGCUACGUUUGACUGAUGAUUGCUACGUAUACUGUGUUCAUGUGACAUGAACUUUCAUGACGUACUGCUGCUUAGCUACGGGAGCUGGUGUCGCACAGCGCCGGCGCACACGCCCCCGUAAAACCACGCAAUCCGUGACCAAUUACUUAACAUUUACUUAUAUAUGCAUUUGGUGUGAGCCCAGGCGCGGGCACGUUGGAAUGGAGGGUUGUCAUCGCUUCGUUGUCUGCUCUGCUUUGGUCUUCUACCCCGCGUGUCUGUGUUUCCCCAGACGAGCUGAAAACGGUGUCGUACCGGGGUCCAGCGCAGCAGAGCCGUUCCAUUGCGGGUCCUUAUUCCAUUCCUUAGUCGGUAUCUAGCAACCGGUAAUUAAUAUGCUGUAGGUGAAGCGGAUGCAGUAGCGCGAUCUACGGUUCAGUGGCUAAUGACCCAUGGGUCCGAGGCCUGAGCCCAUAUUGUAUGCAACUACGGGCGUGCACUAAACACGAAGGGGUAUACCGCAGGCGGCCUUGUAACAAACAAAUCAGAGUUGUGAGCUUGCUAAGUGUGUAAUGGUGCGUUGCAUGGGCAGAGGCGGGGCUGAUGUCAAGACGCGAAUGACGACGGCUGUGCAAUUGAAAUCCUAGGCUUGCACAAGGUGCCGGUGAGUACCAUACAUGGCUUCCGCGCUCCAGAAAAGGAAGG